GGCACCUUGGGCAGUCGGGAUCCCAAGAGCCCUCGCGGCUCCGGGGUCCUCGCAGGCUCAGCCGGAAGAGCACACGUGCUGGGAGCAACAUGCCUAAGUCCAAGCGGGACAAGAAGGUUUCCUUAACGAAGACCGCCAAGAAGGGCUUAGAACUCAAACAAAACCUGAUAGAAGAGCUUCGAAAAUGUGUGGACAUGUACAAAUACCUUUUCAUCUUCUCUGUGGCAAACAUGAGAAACAGCAAAUUGAAGGAUAUCAGGAGUGCCUGGAAGCACAGCCGGAUUUUCUUUGGCAAGAACAAAGUUAUGAUGGUGGCUUUGGGCCGAGGUCCCACUGACGAAUAUAAAGACAACUUGCACCAGGUCAGCAAGAAGCUGAGGGGUGAGGUCGGUCUCUUGUUCACCAACAGAACAAAGAAGGAAGUGAAUGAGUGGUUCAGUAAGUAUGCAGAAAUGGAUUAUGCCCGGGCUGGUAACAAAGCGACCUUCACCGUCAGCCUGGAUGCGGGGCCCUUGGAGCAGUUCCCCCAUUCCAUGGAGCCUCAGCUGAGGCAGCUCGGUCUGCCCACUGCCCUCAAGAAAGGUGUGGUGACCCUCAUCUCUGACUACCAAGUGUGUAAAGAGGGCGAUGUGCUGACCCCUGAGCAGGCUCGAGUCCUGAAGCUGUUUGGGUUCGAGAUGGCAGAAUUCAAGGUUAACAUCAAGUACCUGUGGCAGGCUGAGUCAGGGAAGUUUGAACAUCUGGGGGAGGACGCCAAGGAGGACGAUGACGAUGACAGCAGCUCCUCAAAGAAAUCAGAAGACAUGGAGGAUGACGACUGAGCGAGGACAGCGCGGCCCAGGGUGCAGGACUUCACCCUGUGCAGCCUCUCUGAACAGCUGCCUUCCUUCUCUAAAGGAAGAGUGACUGACCUUGCAGGACUCAGGAGGGAGAGAGGUGCAGGGCACACAUGACUGUAUUUUUAUAUAGAAUAAAGCCUUGUCCAUGGA